GCAUCAUUCCACCAAAGUUCUAAAACUAUCUCUGUUACGAGAACAAACGCAAGCUACAUUCUUCUAUACUAUAAUGCCACCUUUUUGUAUAAAUUUCCCCAUACUAAACCUUCUCUCGCAUCCCUUUCACAGUAUCAGAAAGAGUGAAAAUUUGCCACUAAACUAUACACGAGUAACUAGAAUACUAAGUAGUCCUACUCCCUCUUUACUGCUUGAUAGAAACUGUCGCCUCAACUGCUUGAGUGAUCCAACAACGGCCAUCUUUCCACCAAAAAAUCUUGUUUCAACGAUGGAUAAAACCCAGAAUCUGGAGAUUGGUUCCGUUGCAGACGAUAAAUAUUCCAAAGAAUUGGAAGUUGCCGUGAAAGCUGUCCACAUGGCGUGCUUGCUCUGUGAGAGGCAUUCCAAGGAUGAUAAUUUUCUCGUUACCAUUGCUGAUUGGAGUGUCCAAGCAAUUGUUAGUUGGGUUCUUUCUGAGGCUUUUGGUAGUGAAAGUGUAACCAUUCUUGCUGAAGAAGAUAAGCAAGAAAUCUCCAAGGCGGAGGAGGCUACUGGCAUCCUAGAAAGCGUAACGAAAGCAGUAAAUGAGUCUCUGGCUGAUGCACCGCGUUUUGGACUGACAGGGCCAGCUGAGGCUCUCUGUGGUGAAGAGAUUAUGGAGACGAUUAACACGUGCAAAUUGGCUGCAGGGGCCAAUAAUGCUAGCAGAUUUUGGGCGCUUGGAUCUCUACGAGGGGAUCAAUAUGCUGUUGCACUGUCGUUGAUAGAAGAUGGAGCCCCGGUGGUUGGAGUUCUCGGGUGUCCUAAUUAUCCACUGAAGAAGGAAUGGCUUAGCUAUCAGUAUGGAUACCAGAGGAUUCUAUCUAGGUUGACCUCUGCAGCAGCAUCUGAGCCUCGGGAUAAAGGUUGUGUAAUGUAUGCAAGAAGAGGCGAUGGCAAUGCGUGGAUGCAGCCACUUCUCCCCGGGGGAAAGAUGUUUAAUUGGCCAAACUCAUCUAAACAGAUUAAACCAUCCUCCAUUGAAAGCCCAGUUAUGGCUACCUUCUGUCACACAGUUGAAAAGGCAAAAUCAAGCCAUUCAUUUACUGCAGGACUAAAUUCCAGCUUGGGACAUAGGAACCAACAAUUACGCGUAUAUAGCAGCAUGAAGUAUGCAGCCAUAGCCCGAGGAGAUGCUGAAGCCUUCAUGAAGUUUGGGAGGGCUGGUAAGAAGGAGAAGGUAUGGGAUCACGCAGCCGGGGUGGUGAUCAUACAAGAAGCGGGAGGCGUGGUGAGUGAUGCUGGAGGAGAUCCACUCGACUUCUCGAACGGGGCAUACAUAGAAGGGGUGGAUCGAGGUAUAAUUGCUUGUGCUGGACCUAAACUGCAUGAGAAUAUCAUCAGGGCUGUUGAUGAGAGCUGGUGCUCCUCUUGCCUCUGAUGCAAAUUGUAUAUUACUUGCCAUUUUCAUGUACACUGUCAUAAGCUUUCAGGGCAUUGUAAAAUAGCAUGAUGUGAAAUGUGAAAUGUGAAUGUGAAUAUUAAGGUAUUGAACUC